UUUCAGAAGGAAUUCUCCAGCCUCUUUCACAACACAUUGGGCCCAGGUGGCCGUUGGCCUUAAAAUUUGUCCGUUCUGUUUGAAACCCAUCCCUCAUGUUUUUACUAAACACAACAAUUGAUGAUUCGAGUCCACUUAUCUCAUACGAACCUGUGGAAGAAUGGAAACCCUAUGGUCCUGAUGACCUUGACGGGUUGAACAGUACGGGAUACUACCAGGGUUCAUAUACCUCUACCUGGAAUGCGAACGCUUUCGCGACUUUCCAGUUUAAUGGAACCAGUCUCUCUAUCUAUGGAGGCAGACGAAAAGCAUAUGGAAACUUCACUGUAACGCUGGACGAUGUAAACUCCACACUGAGCUCGUACUCGCCGAACGUUCAAGAUUCUCCGAGCCUUCUAUUCAAUGCACAAGUGCAGCAGGGAUGGCAUACGGUUAAAAUCUCGAAUGAUGGGACAACGGGGUUCGAUAUUGAUUCAAUCUCUUGGACCUCGGAAAUGGGAAAUGCAUCGUCGUCCAGCGAUCCUUCUUCAUUUGAUAACAGUCCGCCAUCCAUAACGUACAACGACAACAUGUCUGAAUUCUCCUGGGCACCUACGGCCGCCUGGCGAAGAAAUCCCGAGAGUUCGAAUGGACGGACUACAUCUUCUAUUGGAGCUUCGAUGAAUUUCACAUUUGAAGUCAAGCCAUCUCAUUAUCCGGCCCUAUAGGACCCAACUUUACUUCAUCAUAUUCUGUCGCUUUGGACGGAUCAUCUCCCCGCGCCUUCUCCGCCAACAGAAUCACAAGCACGGCUAUUCUUUACUAUGCAGAUAAUUUGGGGCCCGGGGAACACACAGUGACCAUCAUCAAUCAUGGAGUUAGCAAUGCUACUGAUAUCACAACGCGAACCACAGAUUCAAAUACACAGAA